CUUCUUCGUCAAUUCUACCCCUCAGCUGAUAAAACAUAUUAGGAUCUUACUUUCAGGUAUGAAUGCCUGUGGAGGUAGCAAUUCAUCUUCUCCUGGUUCAGGCCAAAACUUCGAAUGGCCAAUGUCCGUCCAGUUUUGGGCCUUGUACCCCACUCCAAAGCCAAUGGAGAAGCAUAUCGCAGCAAAAGCAGCCAGAAGAAGGCCCGUCCUCACUGCAGCCCUCACAGAUGAUUGCUUUGAUGUACGAUCGCUCUCCUCGUUCACUUCAUCGAGUGGCACAGCACUGUACUGGUUGUUGGACAUCUUCAUAUUCUUGCUCUUAAACGGACGUAUGAUCGAAAUGGGACGGCAUUAAGUACUUUAAUUAUGGGAAAGUAUCCACUGGGGCAUUUCGGUCCGGUGUAUACUGAAUAGGAGCUAG